AUGUCCCAAAACAUCGAUAUUCAUUACGCCACCGAAUCCGAGGCAGCUGGCCUCGGCCGAAUAAAUAUUGUCAGCUUUCAACACCAAGCGUUCUGGGCAAAUGUGAUGCCUGGUAUCAAGCCGGAGUCCUGUUUACCGCUGAAGCAGGCUCGCUGUCUUGAGAAACUCGCCUCGCCUAGUUCUCAUGUCUUUUCUGCGGUGGAUACCAGUGCCGAUCGUGUAGUGGGGUACUCCCGAUGGACAAUCCCCUGGGAGGAGAGUAAAGUCGACUUAUCGGAGGAGGGCAAGACGAUGGUGGCGAAUGCGGCGAGUUUUCGACCGUUAGGGAUGAGGGAAGAUAUCUAUGAAGCAUUCUUUAAGACGCUGAAAGCGAGAAGAGACGUUCACCUGAAGGAAGGCGAUAUGGUUUUGGAUCUAUUAGCGACUUUGCCCGAAUGUCAGGGACAAGGAGUGGGCACUAAAUUACUACAAUGGGGGAUCCAACAGGCUGAUGCGCGGAACGCGCGCAUCUAUCUCGAGGCCACGCCGGAUGGACUUCCGCUCUACCAGAAGUACGGGUGGCGGAAGUUAGAGGACCUCAUUCUCGACUAUGCUCAGUACGGUGGUACCGGCAAGGCACACUUUGCACUAAUGAUGCGAGAACCUCAUUCUCACCCCUGA